GCGGGAGCGCGGAGGCGCGGGCGGCGGCGCGCCGUCCCACCUGCCCGGCCCGCUCAGCCCCCGGCGGCGCGCGCUCCUCCUCCCGCGGGGCUCCGGUCGCCGCUCGCAUUCCUAGUCGGGUCCCGCUCGCAGCGGCGGAAGAGCGGGUAGCUCCGGGGAAGCCGGCGGGCGACGCUCGCAGCCACGACGGAGCAGCCGCGGGACUGGCCGCCCCGCGCCCCGUUCGCCGCCGUGCCGUUUCCCGGCGCGCUCACCCCGUUCUCGGGAUGGGAGUGUAGCGGCGGCGCGGACUCGGCGGGGAUCGCGGCGGAGGCGGCUGCGGCGGCGGCCGAGCACGGCUCCAUGUUUUCACCCGGCCAGGAGGAACCCAGCUCCCCCAACAAGGAGCCGGUGAAAUACGGGGAGCUGGUGGUCCUGGGGUACAAUGGUGCUUUACCUAAUGGUGACAGGGGCAGGAGGAAAAGCAGAUUUGCCCUGUAUAAGCGGACCAAGGCCAACGGUGUCAAACCCAGCACAAUCCACGUGGUCUCCACACCCCAGGCAUCCAAGGCCAUCAGCUGCAAAGGUCAACACAGCAUAUCGUACACUUUGUCACGGAACCAGACCGUAGUGGUGGAGUACACGCAUGAUAAUGACACGGACAUGUUUCAGGUGGGCAGGUCAACAGAAAGUCCCAUCGACUUCGUGGUCACAGACACGGUUUCCGGCGGUCAGAACGACGAUGCCCAGAUCACACAGAGCACCAUCUCUAGGUUUGCCUGCAGGAUCGUGUGCGACAGGAACGAGCCGUACACAGCACGCAUAUUCGCAGCAGGGUUCGAUUCUUCCAAAAAUAUAUUCCUCGGCGAGAAGGCAGCAAAGUGGAAAAACCCUGGCGGACACAUGGACGGACUCACCACCAAUGGCGUCCUGGUAAUGCACCCGAGAGGAGGCUUCACGGACGAGUCCCAGCCCGGAGUCUGGAGAGAGAUCUCCGUCUGUGGAGACGUGUACACCUUGAGGGAGACCAGGUCGGCCCAGCAGAGGGGGAAGCUGGUGGAAAGCGAGACGAAUGUCCUGCAAGACGGCUCCCUCAUUGACCUGUGCGGGGCCACGCUCCUCUGGAGAACCGCCGACGGCCUCUUCCACGCACCGACUCAGAAGCACAUUGAAGCCCUCCGGCAGGAGAUCAACGCAGCCCGACCCCAGUGUCCCGUGGGCCUCAACACCCUGGCCUUCCCCAGCAUCAACCGGAAGGAAGUGGUAGAAGAGAAGCAGCCCUGGGCGUACCUGAGCUGCGGCCACGUGCACGGCUACCACAGCUGGGGCCAUCGGAGCGACGGCGAAGCCAACGAGAGGGAGUGCCCCAUGUGCAGGACUGUGGGCCCCUACGUCCCCCUCUGGCUGGGCUGUGAGGCAGGGUUUUAUGUUGACGCGGGACCCCCAACUCACGCUUUCACCCCCUGUGGGCACGUCUGUUCGGAGAAGUCGGCAAAGUACUGGUCCCAGAUUCCACUGCCCCACGGAACCCACGCGUUUCACGCCGCCUGUCCGUUCUGUGCCACGCAGCUGGUUGGUGAACAGAACUGCAUCAAAUUGAUUUUCCAAGGUCCAGUGGACUGACACCCUGGACGACCAUCUACAUGUCGUUAACACGUUACUGUGAAGAUUUCGCCACUAACUGUAGAUCCUACCUUUUUGUAAGGCUCUUUGUUGAGGGGACGGGGGACUGAGUUGGGACGACAGAGGUGGGGCAGGCGAUGACAGAUACCACUGUGUUUGGCAUGUCCAGAACAGCAGCCUCACCUGAGGUCUGCCUGACUGAACUUUAAUACCUGUGUAA